AUGAGCUGAAAGGGAUACAACUCUUGAUGGAAUGAAGUAAACAAAAUGACAUCUCUCUUGAAAAAAGUGUCAUAUUCGGCUCUCUGCACAAUUAGAAGACAAAACCUCACAAAAUACAAAAAUUUGUCUGGAAUAAGAUAUGCAUCAACUAAGAAUGAGACUGAACAAGUUGAGAGUGAACAAUCCAGUGAAGCCCUCCGUCUUAGCCAAAGUGCAAUAAAUAGAUUGAAAAGAAUCAGUUAUGAUGAUGGAACUUUUCUAAGAGUUGUGGUAGAAGGUGGUGGCUGUUCUGGUUUUCAGACAAAGUUUGAAUUUGAUACAAAAGUAGAUAAAGAUGAUAUUGUAAUAGAGAAAGAUGGAGUUAGAGUAGCAAUAGACAACGAUUCUUUAGAAUUUGUUCGUGGUUCUACUGUAGAUUUUCAUGAAGAAUUGAUCAGGAGUGCAUUUGCUAUAGUAAACAAUCCACAGGCUGAGCAAGGGUGUUCAUGUGGAGCCUCGUUUUCCUUAAAAUUGUGAUAUUUGAUUGUUUAAUUGAAUGUUUGUCUGUUACCUUGUUGUUAGAAAUAAAUAAUUUAUUAGUUA